GCACAUACAUGCCGCUCUUACCGCUAUUGUUGUUUUUUUGCUAUAAAUAAACAAGUGUUUUUAAUUUUUCAAAAUACCUUUUUACUAUAAAAAGUAAUAUAUCGUCGGAAAUAUCCCAGAUUUAAUGGCUCUAAUGUAUUCAGUAAAAAUAGAGAAAGUUUAAAGUUCAAUAUUUUGUUGAGGGAAAAAGACAAAAAUGUACGAAGGUGAUGAAUUUUCUGAAGAUGAGGAAUUGCCAGAGGAUGAAGAAGAAAUUUUGGUUUACGUAGAAUUUCCAAAUUGCGUCGAGAACAAUAUGUUUAGCAAUGAAAGACUCAAACUUGAUAUGAUUGGAAUUGAUACAGAAAAUCCGAUUAUGCAGGUUAAUGGAAAGUUUUACGAGGGAACGUACGAAGAUGCAAUCGGAACCUAUAUGUUUUUUGAAAAGGAUAAAAAUGCCACAGUCGAUGAUCCUGUAUUCGAAGUGGCUCCGACUCUUAAAUAUAUGACAAAAACGAGAAAGGUUUUAAAAAUGCAAAGAGUUUUUGUCACACCCAGAACAGAAGUUUUAGGAGAUUCCGAACACAGUGAUUGUAUACCAAAUUUUGAGACUAUCAAACAAGCUGGAGUUCCUCCAAAAUAUCAAGAAGAAGCUUUGGCUUUUUGGGCGGGCGCUCGCGGCGAAAGAAUCAACGCACUAAAUACCUAUCUCGAAAAACAACGGCUCCGUAAGGAGAAAAAAGCUCAAGGCAUCGAGCUAAAUUCCGAUUCCGACGAGGAAAAUCCCUUAAUUUUCGGCUCAGUGAACCCAGAAGAAAACCCAAGGGUCUCGGAGAGUAACAGCAAUCCGGAAAUGAACGAGUUUGAACGAUUUUUGAGAAACACUGCCGAAAGACCUACGGAAAAUUACGAGGAUCAAGAAGCCGGACAAUCCUCUCAAGACCAGCACAUAUUUCCCGGACCUUCCACUUCCCGAGAAGGCAUCAGUCCCGGAAAAGGCAUUCCCCGGAAUAGAGGCGUCGUAAAAGUGCUAAAACCGGCUCGCAAAAAAAAUCAUUCCAAAUAUCAAAGGGAGAGUAUGAAACGGAAACGGAUAAAGCCGAAAACGGAAAUGGAAGCUUCUACCGACAAUUUGUUGCGAGAAAUAUCGAGUAUUUUGUCAGACUCUGAACAAACGCCCCAGGAAACUGAUACUUCCGGUGUGCUCUAUGAAGAUUUCCAACCUCUGGAAGAUGUGACCGAAUCGGAGGUCGAAGAAGCGGAAGUGAUUACGGACGAAAUCCAGGAUGAGCAGUCGGGGCAUUUUUUGAGCGACGAGUAUUCUUCGAUGGCAAAAAGACUGCAGAAGAAGGCGAGACGCGAGGCGAAAAUGAAGGAAUUAGCUGAGGAAUUGAAAAAGAUGAGUGGACUUUCUCAUCAGGAUGAAGAGGAGGGACAGGAGGAAGAACUAAUUAUCUAAAAAGUUUAAAAGACUGACUUUAUUUUUAUAAUAAAAUGAUUUCUGAUGGCUGUUUUUUUUUUUAAUAUAAAAAUGGUAAGUCUUUAAGCUAAAGUACAAAAGGGACCUACUUAAAUUACGUGACAGCUCAAGGGGUUUGACAAUUUUUUACUCAUGUACGUAAUUUUUGCAAAAACUUUCUCCUGAAGAUUAAUUUUUUUAGUUAUAAAUUUUACUAUUUCGUUGGAAAUUUAAUAAU